CCCUCUCCAUUCUCCCUGAAGUACUCACAAACAACGAAGUCACCAAUGGCUACAUAAUAGAAGGCCUUGGUAUAUUGGUAUAUUCAAGUUAGAUAUCUUAGCUACUGUGUUCCUCUGUGUACUAUAUCUUCAGGUAGCGAUGCAGCUACUAGUAUCAACAGCAUGGCCAGCCUCUCUCUCUGUGAGGACAGCUACAGAUCUUGGUGAGUGAGCUUCGCCAUCAAUCUCUCUUUCAGAUUACAGGGUGAAAUUGCAAUAGGAGAGAGCUGGCCAUUUCCAGCUACUGUGAACAGCUGAGUCUAAUGCAGAGACUGAGACAUGAAGUGGUGCUACUCCACGCCAAGCUGGAGAGUCGAGAGGCUGAGAUUGAGACGCUAAAACAACAGUUGGAGGAAGCAAAGAGAGAAAAAUCAGUCGUAGAAUUAGAGUUUUCUAACUAUCGUAAACACACCCAGAAACUGUUGUGUGAGGCCGCAGUUGACAAGACGGAGCAGUGGCUGGAUCAUUAUCAUUAUCAUAAUGUCCUAUACUUAGUACUCUCUAUGCUAGCUUCAUCUCUGGGCAAUGGUUCUUUGCCUUGAAAUCUAGGUACACUGCUAUGUUAGCAGAGGACUAGCAAUACAGCUGGUAGAGUCACUUCGUCAGGUGUGUCUGCCUCAAAGAUAACCUUUCCAUUCUCAUUGUUUGGUGUUUGG